GUUUUAAGAAAAUGGCAGACAAGCCCGACAUGGGGGAAAUCGCCAGCUUCGAUAAGGCGAAACUGAAGAAGACGGAGACGCAGGAGAAGAACACCCUGCCGACCAAAGAGACCAUCGAGCAGGAGAAGCGGAGUGAAAUCUCCUAAGGACCUGGAGGGUUCCCCACCCCCAUCAUCUUUGGGACUCCAGUCGUGACGUGGAGAAAAAGCCACCUGCCAGAGGGACACGAGCGACAGACUGCACUGUGAAUCCGGACACGCCGCGCCCAUGCUACCGGCCUGUGGGUCUCCGAGGGGACCCCCCCUCCCCGCCCCCCUAAUCGGACUGCCAAAUUCUCCGGUUUGCCCUGGGAUACUGUAGACAAUUAUUUGUAUGAUUAACGAAAUAAAACACACCUCGUGGCAUGA